CACCAGGUAGUGUAGAGAAUACACUGUUCUCACUACAGGCACUCACUUUACAAAGUGUUCAUAUUCUCCAGCCCAUUGGGUGUUAGGACAGGGUGACGAUAUGUAACACUACGGGUCAGCGAGCAUUCAAGUGAGAGGGGAGAGGCCCACAGAAUGGAGGGAGACAGAGUGUUUGAACAAGAUGACCCAGAUUCUGUUUAUUGGUUUUUGGAUGAAGAGUUGUGUGAUCACAGCAUGAGCAUGAUGCUGAGGCUGUAGUGUUCCUGCUUCCUGCUGCUGUCUUCAGAGCUGGCCAUGCUCCACUGAUCCUGGCGCUUGCUACACAGGAGUCUGCAGUGCCAGACAUGAGUCAUGCCGACUUUCUCCGCUUGCCAAUAUAUGUGCUGAGACAUGGAGAACGACUCGCACAGACCGGCUAACUGAUAUUUAGGAAAUCGGAUGGAAGAACUGUUCAUGUUCAGAGCAGAAGGGAUACCCUCAACCAUAUAACAAAAUUGACACAUUGGACAUCCGUACCAGCACAAGAUAUCAAGGUGUGUAAAGCAGCUGAGGUUGAUGGAAGGGCAAAGGCCUUGUAACCACCGGAGAUACAGCUUCACCUACAGCAUUACCUGCCCACUGGAUUAAUCGUGUCGUGGAUUAUACCUUGCCGGACAUCUCCAUCACCUCACAGAUUGGCAUCAUGUUUUAGAGGGUGACCACAGAGAGAUAUUUCAUCAAAAAUCCUGAAAACGAGGACAGUGGAUUAAAUCAACAUAUCACCGACAUCAUGAGCAUCAUACGGAAUCUUCAACAUGGUGGCUGUGUGUGCCUUCUGCUGCUUGUCAUCUAUGGUUAUUACGCAAUUCUCAGUGGAAAUGAAGACAGCGGAUUUGACCCGUUUGAAAAAUAUGGCUACUUUCUAACGUGGAUCCUGUUUGCUCCGAGGUUAUUCCUGUACUUCCCAUUGGUAUUUGCUGGCUUCAAUUUCCUUGGGAUAAUAUGCUUUCACACAUUUCCAGAAAAACCACAACUCCAAAGAUCUCCACUUCUAGGACCGUUUUUCUGUUUCCGUGUUGUGACACGUGGAUUAUUUCCAGAGCUUGUGCGGGAAAACGUUGAACGCAACCUCCAAAUCUGUACAAGUGUCGGGCUGCAGAACUUUAUGUUUGAAGUAGUGACUGAUAUUCCUGUAAACCUACCCAAAAUUCCCCGCACAAGAGAACUGGUUGUUCCUCACAACUAUACAACAAGGAACGGAACACUGUUUAAAGCUCGAGCCCUCCAGUACAGCCUAGAACCUGGUGUGGACAUCCUCAGUGAUGAUGACUGGAUUGUGCAUCUUGAUGAGGAGACAAUCCUCACAGAAAGCUCCGUCAUUGGCACCAUCAACUUUGUAUCAGAAGGCAAGCAUUCAUUCGGACAAGGUGUGAUCACGUACAGUAAGGAUAAGAUUGUAAACUGGGUGACCACGCUAGCUGACAGUGUUCGUGUAGGAGUUGAUUAUGGAGCACUACGCUUCUCUCUGCGUACUCUCAACAAACCUUUCUUCAGCUGGAAGGGGUCAUUCAUCAUUGCAAAUGCCGCAGCCGAGAAACACAUAACGUUUGAUCAUGGACCCGAAUCUUCGAUCGCAGAGGACUGCUUCUUUGCCAUGAUGGCCUUCAAAGAGGGCUACAGUUUCGGCUUUGUGGAGGGAGAAAUGUGGGAGCGAAGCACCUUCACACUGAUGGACUACAUCCGUCAACGCCGCUGGAUUCAGGGGAUCUACCUCACGGCCAGCAGUCGAAAGAUUCCCUUCAAGUACAAGAUUGGCGUGAUACUUAUGAGUGCAUCGGGACUAUCUCUCCCCUUCACAACUAUGGGCUUCAUUUUCGGCUACAUCUGGCCCCUGCCAGCCUGGAAUGGCAUUCACCUCAUCCUGUGCUCAUUUCUAGGAACUAUUCUGUUUCUGUUCAUGUUCGGCACAAUGAAAUCCUUCAGUAUUCGAAGGACGGGAGCUUUACAGUGUGUGUUACUGGUGAUAGCCUCUUUGUUUUGUGCUAUCAUCUCCAGUGUUCUAGAAAAUGUAGUAGCCAUCAUGGCCUGGCUACCCCACAAACAGCCUGAGUUUCAGAUAGUUAAGAAAGACAUUCGACUUCAAACUAUUGUCUGAUUCUGACCAUCUUUAGGAUUUUCUCAUUACAAUCAAAGGGAGGUAAUUUCCUCCUUGCUGCAUAAUGCAUCAGGACUGCACUCUGGUGUGAAAGUGGAAUGAUGAUUGUCCAGUGAAUGCUCAAUGCUUUAGCACACAAUUUUAAUUGUACAUUUUAUGUGUUUGAAUUUUACCAAUUUCCAUUCCAAAAACCAUGUUCCAUUGUGCAAGAAUUAGCUGGCAAAUGAAAUAACCAAAGGUAUCCAAUGUGUAACUUUUCAAUCAUUUCCAACCACCACCAAGGAAUACUCAACUCAAGUUUUCAGUGCAUGGUGAUAGGUUUGGCAAAUGAGUUUGAGUUAUGUCUUACAACUAUGUUAAAGAAGCCUCCCGUUCUCCAAAUACUGGACUGAUUUGGCUUUGCCUAGGAAUAUUUCUGUUCACAAAUGAACCAUGUUAAAUAUCUAGGCUGAUAAUCCUGUCGCUUGAAAACAGAUACUUCUCUGUCAGAAUCUCAUGUAACCAAAGUGCUGAUCUGUGAUGUAAGACUCGGAACCACAAGCUCCAAAACAGCAGUGGAGGACAUUCAUCUACUAAAUGGACAGAUUAUCCUUCCAAACACUCAUGACUCUCCUGGCCAUAUCAGAUGUUGUCUCAACAUCCUUGACAAAUAUUUAUAUGUUGCUUUCAACAAAAACAAGAGAGGACUUUACAUCGAAGAUACAUCUCAGCAUUGCAUGACCUCCAAGCACGGCCUUGGUGUGAACACAGGGCUGUUUAGUUCUUAAGUAUCACCUGUAGAGCAGGCUGAUAUUCCACUCAUGGAUGGAUAAUUUUCAUAUCAUUGUUACAAAUUAAGUGCAGUCUGUUUUACAAUCAAUUUUAUAUCUUUUAUUGAUUCAAUCUAUCGACCAUCAUGUCUCCUGCGGUUAAAAACAAGUUUAUUUUAAUCCUUCAGUGUAAGAAAGUUAAAUGAAUUCUAAGGAGGAGGGGUUGGGUGGGAGGCUUUGGUUAAGAAAACUCACACUUUCAUGGUUUGAGUCUAUUUGGCACAUACACUUACAUUACUUGCCAUUUUAGAUUUUAUGACCUUGUGUCCUUCUCUUGGAAUUUACAGUUAAAGGGAGAUAACUCAUGUUGAUAGAGCAAUCCAUAGUGACAUUUUAUUCCAUUUUUAGAAGUUCAAGAGUUUUACAUCUAGUACAAUAUAUUUUAUUAUAUUUGCAACCAAUUAAUGACUGAUACCACUUGAACUUUCAAAAAGAGUAUUUGGCAAGCAUUUGACAUCUGAAUGAUUGUUCACAGAAGGCACUGAUGAAGAUAUUUGAACUUUACUUCCCCUUGCCUAUGUACCCUGAACAUGACAGAAACCAUUAAACAGCCGUCUUCCAUACUAACUCUUCUGAAAUAUAUUACAUUUUUCUCAAAGUUUUAUAAUGCACCAGUACUGUGAACAAAAAGAUCUCUAAAGAUUUCUAAAGUUUUUUUACAAUGGACUUGAUGUGAUUUUAAGUAUUUCUAACAAAGCUUUUGUUUUAUUUGUGAUUUUGAUUUUCAGUGAAAACACAAGCCCUACAAUGUUUUAAUGUAUGCUUUUAAUUUCAUCAAGAAUGUGAUCAUUACUAAAAGUUGUCUUUGUUCAGUUGUGUUAGACAUAGUGCUUUUUGUAUGUUUUGAAUGUAAACAAAUACUGAGUCAAAAAGCGGAUUUGUUGAACAACCAGUUUGAUUCGAAGCUAAUUCAGAAAAAGUUAAUUUGGAGUUGUGACAUGGUUGUUUCCUUACAACAUGAGUGUUGUUUAAAAGAAAAGAAGUUGAUUUUGUUGGAUCAGAUGACUCCAAACAAAACAUAGCUUCAGUACACAGCUGCUUGAGCAAAAAUAUUCUACAGCAAAUUAAUUACUUUUUUCCAUAGCUGCUGCCUCAUGUUAAUAUUUUGGUAAAGAUUCUGUGGUCAGAGCACAGUCAAAGCUGAGCUGUCCUCUAUAACUUUGCUGUCUUGGUGCAGGUUAUAUUUGGUUUAAUUCUGAACUGUGCCAAGUUUGCACCAAUGCAAACGAACAAUAAUUUGAUGUAUUUUUGUUUUGAGGACGCUCAUAACUUACUGACCAAAAACAUCCAGGACAAUAAUAGAUUUGUCACAGCAUGAAGGAUUUGAGGAAAUAAUUUCUCCAACCUCUUCUGCUCAUUCAUGAAUCUACAAAUACUCAUGGAUAAGGACAUCUUGCCAAUAGUGUAGGAAGGAGUUGAAUAUACUUCCAUGUGAUUGGUCCUUCCAGUGGAACAUUAUAGUCAUUUACACCAGUUGAUGAGCUUUUUUACAAGCGUGUGAUGAGUGUUAUGUGUGACUGUGCAGCUUAGAGUGUUGACCAGGCAGACCAUUGAAGCUUACAGGGACGGCCAGACUCCUCCUCCGAUGCCAAAUUACAGGUGGCCCAGGGUGGGCGUGCAGUGGGUGGGAGGUGUUCAUAUGUCGUACCAUCAACAGUUACCUAAUAUUGUAUCACCUGUUUGGUCAAAGUGCUGCUCGAAUAUCUGUUAAAUCUUGUAUCACUUCCGUUUUAAGAUUUUCCUAAUCUUCGAAAGCCUCGGCUUUGACUUACUUCCUUGCCUGAAUCAUUUAUUGAGGAAAAUAUCUUCUUGGCCUGCAGUAAAGGUGUGUAUAUGUUGAGAUCAAUAUUUACUUGAAUUUAGUGAUUUAUUGAAUACUAAUGAAACACAGAAUUUGUCAAAUAUGUUCAUGCAUAAAUGUUCUAAAUUUAUAAUUUUCUAUUUAAAGCUAUGGCAUUACAAAUUUAGAGAAAAAAAAUUCUGUGAGCGGUUUGAAACCUCUUAGAACUUAUUCAUCCAGCUCGACUGAACAAGUUUUCAUCCUUAGCCACUGAGGGUGAGCCUGCCAUUAGGCCUGGAGAGUGAGUCCUAAGGGUGGAGCAGUAAGUUAAAGGGUAAGGGCAGCGAGUUCUAAGGGUGAGUCCUUUGGGUGGGGCAGUGAGCUCUAGAUAUGGGGCAGUAAGUUUUAGGUGUGGAAAAGUGAACUCUGGAGAAGGCUUCUAGGUGUGAAACAGUGAACACUAGGGGUGGGGCAGUGAGUUGAGGGCUGGCCUGUCCCUGGGUGGAGGUCUGCCAAAAUGCCUAGGUCUGCCAUGCGAUGAAACAGUAUUUAUUCACCACUACAUGUAGAUCUUUUCUCAACGUAUGGUUAAACAAAUUAUCUUCAAAUUACAAAUCAGAUUUUAGCCUUCACAAUAAUUGAAAACACUAGUGUGAUAUCUAAUUGCUUGAGGCUUUUUGCUUCAUUCAUGAUUAGUGAUUAAUUUCUAGAUUUACAAUAUAUGGUAGAACAAAUGCUCUAGUGAAAUGACUUUUAACCAAGAAAAAAACCCUUUCCAUGUUUGAGGCUAUUCUCAUUCAUGCUCUGCACCUGGUCUUGAAGUUGUGCAGACGUUUUGUCUUAUUUAUUGCUACCUAAAUCAUGUAGCUUGUAUGCUUGGGUACAUUUUGUAUUCUAUUUUAUUUUUUGUAUGUUUUGUAUAUUAUUUUGUCAUGGUUCAUAUCUGUUACAUGGAGUGAAGUACAUGGCUUUUGAUCAUUGUCUUUAUCUCAGUCAUCAUCAUUGCUGCCCAUUCCCUUAUUUCAUGUAACCAAGGCAACGCCGCCAUGGUAACAUAUCAAAGCUUUUCAGUGCUCUUUAUGAAAUAAACCAGUUUUAGGUUUUGAAAGUAGAGUAGUACCUAAAUAAUUAAUUAUUUUUUAUUUCCAUAUCUACCAAAAAUUAGAUAUAUCUUUAUCUAAUUUAACUUCAAACUAUUUGAAUGUGAAAUAUGUCAUCAAAUAUAUCCUGAGAAGCAUACAUUCAGUUGUGUGCUGAAUAUUAGUGAGUAAUGACUUGCCAAGUCAGCAGAUUAACAUGUGGAGAUAUUUCUCAGUUUGUAUGAAGCAUCAGAGUUUAAUGGACCAUCUAUGCACAAACCACCAUCUUUCAGUAGUAGACUGUACUUAUAUCUGUAAUGGAGCACAAAGCGCUAUAGAAAUUGAGAGCUCUGUUUUAGUAAGUUCAUGUGUAUAAUACAGAAUUGCAGCCAAACUACUGAGAAAUCAAUUUUGGUAAAUUUAACUGUAAUGUUGGAAAUUCUGUCCAGUUUGUUUAAUGGUAUGUUUCAGUUUGAUGAAAGGUGUUUGUAGUUCUCGAACUCUGCAGUUGACUAACUUGGAAUUGUCUCCCUUUGAAAACAAGAUUCUCUUUGAUCCUUUACUAAGAUUUGCUGAAGAUUUGUGUAAAAGGCAGUUUGAUAAUGUACUAGUGUGUAAUUUGUGUCAUUUAUCAUUUAAUUGAUAAAAUAAUAUGGCUCUGUAUUGAUAUUUAUCUGUAGUAAUGUAAAAACAGGAGUACUUUAGUAAAAAGUACCGUAUUCAACCCUCAAGACCACCUAAACAGGAUCAUCAUAAAAUGGUAACAAAAUAGCAUUUGUCAUUACAUUUCAAGUAGGAAGAACACCUUGAUGAUAAGAUGUGUGACAACUAUGAGUGCUGUUUGAGUGGAGUGAACAGCUAUAUCUAAAGCGUUUAUAAAGAAUGUGGCACUAAUUUGGAUGAGUACGGUAUUAGGUGUUGGUGUGCUUCAUAUUGUGGAAAUUAUAUAUGUUCAGUAUUAAGAGAUUGAAAUGUUUUGUAUGCGCUAAUCACUGGGCUUGUCUUACACAUCAUACAAGGGAUCAGAUAAAGCCUGUGUGUCAUUCAAAGACAAACCUCGGUUCUCCAGAAUGCACGAUUAUUUGUAAACUUAAAUAUCAUAUUUCAGAAUAUGCUUGAUAAUUGACCAACCAAGCAUUAAUCAGUUGCUUAUGAAUGUAAGCAAAUGUUACAUUUUACAUGCAUUAAAUAAAUUUUACAGUCAUGAUGUUAUGGUAUGUAAUGUUUUCUAUUCAUUCUGGAAUUUGAAGAAUCUGUGAAUAAUAGAUUAUUUAUUAGGUUCAUGUCUUCCUUGUUAUUUGCGUAACUAAUAAAGUAUUAUUCAAACAACGUUACAACAAAGCUUUAUUUGUUUGCAGAAGUUGGUUGUUGAAAAUGCAUUGUUGAUUAUAACUGUGGAAAUAAGACAUAAACUAUUUGUGGGGAAAUGCAUAAUACAAAUGAAAGUAAAAGCUUGCCUUGCUUGACACCACCUUCAUGUUCAUCUUCCUGCCCACUGUAAACAUGGUAACUGUGGAGAAAUAACACAUGCUGGAUUCACUAGAUUGUCCUGUGUUUGAAAUGUUUACCAUGUCUGAAGUGUUUAUAAGAUGAAAUAUUGCUUAUUGAUCUGUGUUGAAUGGAGGCUGUCAAGAAAUCUGGAAAUAUUGCUUUUUCAUGUUUGGAUGUUUUGAGGUAUACUUUUCUCAGUUACUGCAGAACAUAAUUAUAUUGUGUUUUAUGACUCUAUAUUUUUAUUCUGUUUAAUAUUUUUAAAGUAAGCCUGUUGAUAAAAAGGUAUCCAUUUUGUAAGUAAUUGAAACAACAGUUGACUACUUUUAUGAAGUAUCAGGCAAAACCAGUAUGUUUUUCUUUUUUUUUUUUAAUGAAAAAGCUAAGUUACCAAAACUACAAACAAGAGUGUUGUGUCAAGAGCAUCCACAUAGCAACACACUACAUUCACAUUUCAAAAUCUUCUUUGAAACAACUAGCUUGUGAUCCAACCAAAAAUGUAAAAUUGUUGAAGUGAUGUUCUGAAAUCUGCUGUCAUCAAAAAUAAUAUAUUAAAUGAAAGGCCUCCUAUUAUCCCAAUUACAUUUUUGUUAUGUUUCUUCAUGUUUCAGCUUUGGCAUGUUGGUCAAUACAAAUGAAUCUGUAAUACAAUAAGAAAACUAUAAAAGAAUUGCUCACUUUUGAGUUCCUCUGACAUGUUAGGCGCUGCCAGAUGCUGCCAUGUUAGGCGCUGCCAUGUUGGAUGCUGCAGCUGCUGUUGUCACAGACUGGUGUAAUAAGCUCUUUGUUUAGCUUGUUCAGUCAACUCGCUACCUUCAGGUCAAGAAGACUGCUUCCUGGGUCAAAUGUACUAUCAGGUCAAGAUGGCUGGCUUAUGUAAGUCAUCUGUACCUUCAGGUCUUGAUAAGUUGUUUAUGUAACAGUCAGCCAUGUACCUUCAGGUCCUGCUGGCUUGUUUAUGUAACAGUCAACCAUGUACCUUCAGGUCCUGCUGGCUUGUUUAUGUAACAGUCAACCAUGUACCUUCAGGUCCUGCUGGCUUGUUUAUGUAACAGUCAGCCAUGUACCUUCAGGUCCUGCUGGCUUGUUUAUGUAACAGUCAGCCAUGUACCUUCAGGUCCUGCUGGCUUGUGUAUGUAACAGUCAACCAUGUACCUUCAGGUCCUGCUGGCUUGUGUAUGUAACAGUCAACCAUAUACAUGUACAUUCAUGUGUUGUUGGCUUGUGUAUGUAACAGUCAAUUGCAUAUGUUCAGGUCAAGAUGACUUAUAUAUUUGUGUGUGGUCAUGUGAAUAUGUUCUGUAGGGGCUUUUUUAUUACAUAUUAAACUUUUAAACAUA